UUUAAAUAAUGGUAUAUUUUGUGUAUGGGCCCAUUCUGUAGUGAAAUUCAUAUCUAAUUUACAUGUGAUCCAUCCAUCCAUCCUCAACCGCUUAUCCGUUAAUCGGGUCGAGGGGCAGCAGCUCUUAUCUUUACCGUCUUCUUGAGCCGCACGUUAAAAAUCUGACACGCGGAAGCCACACGCUCUUCCUGUACCGCAAACUCUACGUGCUGCUUUGCGGGUCUUUGCGAGUGGUACAUAUGUGCAUGCGGUGGCAUUAUUUCUUGUCCUAAUAUAGUUUCACAACUGGUAUUUAUUUUAUUAAUAUGUAAUUAAAAUAAUUUACAUAUUAAAUUACAUGAAAUAUGUCGGUUAUAAGUUUUCAAUCAGUUUAUUCUUAUUGUGAGCCUGUAAAAGUAAACAUUUACACAAUCACCAGUGUUCCCGAGCUUUGGCAGCCGCAAUGAUAUUUCUUUAUGCGGUUAAAAUAGGUAUAAAUUCCUAAUGUUUCCGCAUAAUCAUUCCUUACUAAUCUUCAACUGGAAGUAUGCACACCUGUUUGCUGCAAACAUCUGGCUUUUAUGUGCACACGCACGCUGAGGAAACCUUGAUUCAGGGUUAAAACCUGGCUUGACUGAGAAAGUUGAUAACCAGUGUCAUGAAACCUAUAAAACUUCAUUAAUUAGAUUUGCUUGGGUUUUGUCAACUCAAAGCUUACUCUGAAACUCUGAGUUUGUUCAAGGAUGACUGAGUGCAGUGCAAAAGUACCAAGACUGACAAGACUAUAAUGUAGCAUUUAUUAACCUGUUCACUGAACCAUCAGUUGCUCAUUAAUGUCAGAAAUGUACAUCAUUUGUAUCCAAGACAUGUUAGAUGUCCUAAGUUUGCACCUGUCGCCUCAAAAUCUAUUUGAAAUCAAGUAACGCUAAUCAACAUGAUUUGAAGUAAAUGUGUGAUCUAGGUGUGCAGUCUGCUGUUUUAAUCUUUCUUUCUUUCAAGUUACAAGCCACUAUAGUUCUUAUUUAGUCUUGAUUGAUGAGGCUCUCUAGUUGGAGCCUUACUCUAACAGUCCAUGGUCCACAACAGGCUACACCGACACCUGUGUCACCCUUUCCCUGGAUUACAAUGUAUUUUAAGUUCAAAUAAGCUUGUCUACUAAUCUAACAUGUACGAGAAAAACAACGUACAGUAAACCUGUCCUUCCACUAAUCGAAGGUGCAGCAUCUAAGGUAGAGCACAUUCUUAAAAAUCAACCAGUUGCUUUUAACAUGAAGUUCCACUAGUAGAAAAGAAAUGUGUUGACUGAUUGGUAAUUUAAUGUCAACUUUUUGUCUGUGUCUGUCAUGUACAAGUUAGUAAUACUCUAACUUGUUUACUAGUAACUAGCAAACCAAUUGGGAUCAAUGUAUUACAAAUAAACUUCACAAAAUCAACCCUGUUGUUGGUAGAAAACGUGGUUUCUACUCAGAUAAUCGCUGGGACCAUACUAUCUACACCCAUUGUCGAACAGGCCACUCCAGACUCACUCACAAGUAUCUGUUAAUGGGUAAAGAUCCUCCUUUAUGCCCCUUAUGUCAAAGUCCAAUAUCUCUGUGGCAUAUUUUAAUGGACUGUGAACUCCUUUAGGACCUUUUUAAUUGGGUUUAUUCUUAUGAAAAUAUUUUUAAUGAAGUGAGACCAGUUUUAGUUUUAGAAUUUUUAGUGAAGAUAAACUUUAAACAACUUUUGUGAAUCCUUCAUAUUUUGCUAUAUCGAACCUGUUUCUUGCCAUAAAAAUAGCCAUUGUAGCUGGCAUGACGUUAAAUCACAAAUAAAUAAACAAACAACUAGUAACUAACCUGUGACCCCAUAUAUUUUGGAGAGGCCAAUGCACAGGUUUAACUUUGUACAGAGUAAAGAUUAUGAGGAAAUUUAUAGAGGCUUGUUUGUUUUUUGGCAGAACAGCAGACAAAGCCAGUCCAUCACUGGGCACUACACACACGCACACCUACACCUACACACCUACCCCCUCCCUCUAGGGGCAAUUUAGCAUAGGCAGUCCAUCUACUGGCAUGGUUUUGGGAGGUGGGAGGAACCCCACAUAGACACAGUGUAGUAAUCAGAGCUCAGGAUCAGACUGAGGACGCUUGAGCUGUGAUCCAAGAACAAUACUCUGCACCACCGUCCUGAAAUGAAAGCGACAUAACAAAAUAGACAACAGACUUCGCUUUCACUGUGAUUGUCCUGUGAUUACAUACAGAUAAUCAUGGGCAAACGAAAAGUGCCGGAUUUGUAUCGUGCCCCUUUCCCUCUCUACACUGUUAAAGUCGAUCCAAAAACUGGAUUCAUCAUUACUGCUGGAGGGGGCGGAGCAUCCAAGACCGGCAUUAAGAAUGCAGUGCAAUUCCUUGGUUUAGAGCUAGUGGGAAGCCAACACAGUGCGACUCUGCUGCACUCUCAUGACACAGGAUCAUGUGCCACCAUGAACAUGGCACUGGGAGGAGAUGUGAUCGCUGCUGGACAAGAUGGCAACUGCAGAGUGAUGCGCUUCAGGCAACAAGGCCCUAAAGAGGGACGAUCAGCUGCUCCAAAGGAUGGAUCUGGGGACCAGGGAAGUGCCAGGAGGAGAGGGGCAAAAAGCCAGAAUGGUGGUGGUGAUGCUGCUGGUGGUGGUGAUCCCCAGACGAAGGACAGGUCUGUGCAGAUAUUAGUAGACAAAGUUGGAAAGGUGCAGUCAGACCUCAGCCCUCAGGACCCGCUGCAGAAGUGUGUGCGCUUCAGCUCUGACCUGAAGCUUCUUCUUACAGGAGGAGCCGACGGUUAUGUGAGAGCGUGGGAGUAUCCCUCCUUGAAAGAGAAGUUAAACUUCAAAGCUCACCAAGAUGAAGUAGAAGAUAUAGACAUCAGCCCUGAUAACAAGCGCAUUGUCACAGCAGGGCGAGAUUUUGCGUGUAGUGUAUGGAGUGAUGAUCAGCUCAUGCUGGGUUUACGUUGGCAUGACCACAUGCCCCAUAUUACAGAGAAGAUGUAUCGCUACCAGUCCUGUCGGUUUGCUAAGGUCGAGGACCAAAAAGAUGCAUUAAGACUGUACACGGUCCAGAUUCCGCACAAACGAGAGCGUAAACCACCACCAUGCUACCUCACAAAAUGGGAUGGCAGGACGUUCUUGCCCUUGCUAAUUAAGCCAUGUGGCAAUGAAGUGAUAUCCUGUUUGAGUGUGAGUGACUCUGGAACCUUUCUUGGCCUCGGUACAGUCACAGGAUCAGUAUCCAUCUAUAUCGCAUUCUCACUGCAGAGGCUGUACUAUGUACAGGAAUCCCACGGCAUUGUGGUGACGGACCUAGCGUUCUUGCCUGAUGACCCCAAAAGCAAACCUGUAAAGGGAAAUAAUGAAGUAGCCAUGCUGAGUGUGGCUGUAGACAGUCGCUGUCAGUUGCAUACCAUGGCCAACCGGAGAUCUGUUCCGAUAUGGCUGGUGUUGUUCCUGUGUAUUGCUCUGCUUGUGGGUGUCAUCCUGCUCCUGCAGCAUUUCUUCCCAGGGUUCAUUUAAAGAUAUGGCCAAACAGAGCAAACCUCUCUCGCUACCAAGGAGCAGUUCGGCUUUCACUGCUUUUCAGCAAAACGAAUAGAACACAACCUAAUAUCAAGCAUGGAGUAAUUGUACUUAUGGUGAACUUUCUGAUAUUGGAUCAACAUUUUAACUGAAGAUUCAUCUCAGGAACAUGCAGUUAUGCUCUUAAUAGUUAGGAAUGAAGAAGUGGGGUUUUUACUCUGUGACCGGAGCCAUCUUUUGUCUGUCCAUGUGUCUACGAUCAUCUUUUCAGUGCUAAUACCUGCAUGUACAACAGACUACACAGUAAGAGGAAAAUUACUUUUGGGAAGGUCUCAUGGACCUCAACAUCUGUUCAUCCUGCAGAUACUGUAUAAUGCCUUUAAUGUAAUACAUGGAGAAAGACACAUCAUGGGAUAAUUUGAAUUAUUUAAGCUAGAUGGAAAUGUAGAAUUAUGGGGAAAAAACAACUUUGAGUCUGUCAGGUGCCUUUAUCACUCUAAUGCUGUUUGACCCACUGGAAGUAUAUUUCUGUCUUUAUCAUGCUACAGUUUGUGCACAAUUAAUGAAAUGUGAUCUGUGUCAGACAAAUAAGGUUUACAAUGGAUUUAAAAAAAAACAAAAAAAAAACAA